GAAUCUAUAAUGUUUCAGUGAAAUGAAGCAAAUUUGAAAGUUGCUGAAGUGUUUGAAUGUUUAUUUUAUUUUCCCUUAAAUAGAUUUCAAUGCCUAACAGGAUUUCUAAAUGCAUCAAUGUUUGUUUUUACCUCCAGAAUCUACCUGAAACCAUGCACCACAUGAGUAGGUUAAACUCUAAGAUCAUCUUUAUAAUAAGACCUUCUUUUGACAUCCCUGAAGAGCAUCAUAGGUGGCUGACGUUGUUGUGUGGAGGUGUUUUUGUUUCCUUUGGUGACUUAAAGCCUUAAAGGGAGGAAGGAUGUUAAACGGUGGAGCUGAGCCACAUUUGGGACACAUUAGUGAUUUUAGAGCACGGAAAGGAGGUUUGUGUUUUCUUUCCAUGGUAUUUGUGGUGUUUUUAAGACCUGUGUGCUCAUGAUAAACAGGAAGAAUGUGCUAUUUUUGUUCUUUUUCCAGUUUUAAUGAUUUUUAAAUACUUUUAUUUGUUUUAACUUCUCAUCUUGAGCUGGUUCUCUGACCAAAAUGACUAGUUGUGUGAAGGAAUCUUCACAUGGAGAAACCAGAGAAAGUCUGCCUCUUAAAAGUCUACAGCUUAUUUUUUUUAUUACAGCAGAUCACCUGAAUAGGUUUAAUUUAAGGUUUAUUUUGGCUUAACCUUCACCCUGCUGCUUAGUUCAUCUGGGCUGGUACUGGGAAGGAAGAUGAGCAAGGGGACAUCCUGGAAAUAUGGCCAGGACCACAUAAACAAAAUAAAUAGCUGUGCUCGGUUGAAAAAUUAUUAAAAAAUAAAAAAUACACAAGCUUAUUAAUGUGCACCCAGAUGUCUCCUUCAUCCUGGCUUCUAUCAUACGCCACCAAUCUACGAUUUUUUUUUUUUUUUUUUGGUCAUUUUGACUUUGUCUCCAUAGCGUCUAACUGGAUAAUGAAAUCCUCAUGUCUGACCCAUUAUAAUUUAAAACGGAUGCAGAAAUACAGAUUUUUCUCACACUUCCUUUUGAGCAGAAGAAGGUAGAAUUAUGCAUUUGAUCAUAAAAGUUUUCUUUGUCAUGCUUCCUUAUUAAUGAUGUUAAAGUGCAACUGUUUAGCCCUCUAUGUUAAUUUGGAAAUAAAUAUCAGAUUCUGUGUUUUUACUUCAUAUUAAUGAUGUUUAAUUGCCAGGUUUUUUUUCAGAUGAAAUGUAAAAAAAAAAAAAAGAUGAACCUCUUUCCAGAUCUGAUUUUCUUCCUAAGUGUUAGUAAGCAGGCUUUUGUUGAGCUGGAUUAUUUGUGCGGAACAAUCUUGCAGGCUUUGGAAGUUCUCAGCAUUCCGGUUUCCUUGCAGAAUGGAGUCGUCGUGUCUGGAUCUGGCUCUGGAAGGCGAGCGGCUCUGCAAGGCGGGUGACUACAGAGCAGGUGUGUCCUUCUUUGAAGCUGCCAUCCAGGUGGGGACAGAGGACCUUCAAAUUCUCAGUGCCAUCUACAGCCAGCUGGGAAAUGCCUACUUUCACCUUCAGGAGUACAUAAAAGCUUUGGAAUACCAUCGGCAUGACCUUACACUCACCAGAGCAAUCGGAGAUGAAGUUGGUGAGGCUAAAGCCAGCGGUAACCUUGGGAACACAUUAAAGCUUUUAGGGCGCUAUGAUGAGGCUGUGGUGUGUUGUCAAAGACAUCUAGAGAUCACAAAAGCCAUUUAUGAUAAGGUUGGCCAAGCGCGGGCGCUGUAUAAUUUUGGAAAUGUUUACCACGCCAAAGGCAAGAGCAUCUGCUGGAGCGGAGCCAAGCCGGGGGAGUUUCCAGAGGAGGCCAGGACCGCUCUGAGGAAAGCUGCACACUACUAUGAAGCGAACCUGAACCUGGUGAUGGAGCUGGGGGAUCGAGCUGCACAGGGCCGGACGUAUGGGAAUCUCGGUAACACGUACUAUCUUCUGGGUGACUUUGAAGCCGCAAUAGCUGCACAUGAAAAGCGGCUUCUUAUUGCUAAAGAGUUUGGGGAUAAGUCGGCCGAGCGGAGAGCCCACUGCAACCUUGGCAACGCUCACAUUUUCCUCAGCCAGUUUGAAAUAGCAGCUAAUCACUACAAGAGGACUCUGCAGCUGGCCAGGCUUUUGAAGGACCGGGCGGUGGAAGCUCAGGCGUGUUACAGUCUGGGGAACACCUACACGCUGCUGCAGGACUAUGAGAGGGCCAUCGAUUACCACCUCAAACAUCUGGUCAUCGCUCAGGACCUCAAAGACUGCGUUGGUGAAGGAAGAGCUUACUGGAGUUUAGGAAAUGCCCACACCGCCCUGGGGAAUCAUGAGCAGGCAAUGCUCUUCGCUGAAAAACAUCUGGAAAUUGCAAAACGGACGGGAGAUAAAAGCGGAGAGAUGACCGCCAGGAUGAACCUGGCAGAUCUACGGAUGGUUGUUGGACCCAAGUCCAAUCCCAGCAUGCAAUACAUGUUUCCUAACAACAGAAUCAACGACCCCGAUCCCAUAGAACCCCAACCAAGUCACCUCAUCCUGCCAGGGGUGAGAACAUCAUUAAGGAGGAGAGGAAGCGCAGAAAACAUUCUGGUGAUCCCGGGUCAUCAUCAGAGGCGAACCGAGGAUCUCUCUGCAGAUUUGGACAAAGAGGCAGAUUUGUUCUCUGGAUCUUCUAAAAGCAACACAAUCAAAGCGUCGACCAAGCUCUUCCUCUUCCAGCGGCUGAACAGCAAGAAGCAGAAGAACAACAAACCUUUUGCCAAAGACCAGGAGGAAAACCAGACCAACUACGCCGUCCCUGAUCCCAACUCACCCGUGUCUCCUAAGCAAAAGCACCAGGACACCGUUGGGGAGGACAGCUUCUUCGACAUCCUCUCUCGUUUCCAGAGCAACAGACUGGAUGACCAAAGGUGUUCACUGGAUAGCCAGAGCCAUGUCCCCGCCCAUCCUCCCCCCUCCUCUUCCUUACCUGUAGCUGAAGGAAAAUCUGCCUCAGAACAAAACACACCAUCCCAGGAUCCUGGUCAUUUCCUGGAGCGGCUGGCCAGCUGCCAGGCCCACCGUCUGGACGACCAGCGGGCCAGCGGCAGCCAUUUUCCUGGCUUACAUCUCAGCACCUGCAACCCGCCUCAUAUACCCUCCACCUCCAGCACAGAACCUGCACCACCCCAAGUCCGUACUCCCAGUGCAGAAAGCCCUCACAUUCCCUCUCCGUACAGCCACCUCGAGGCUAGCGCCGAGCCACCCGAGGCCGACGACGUCUUCUUCGACAUGCUAGUGAAGUGCCAGGGCUCCAGGCUGAACGACCAGAGGUGUUCCGCUCCGCCUCCCAAACCCAAAGGGCCGACCGUUCCCAACGAGGACUUUUUCACUCUCAUCCUGCGUUCCCAAGGCAACCGGAUGGAGGAGCAGCGAGUCCCGCCUCCCGCCAGCAUCACUCUGGAUAAACCAGGCUGACUUCACGAGGACAGCAGUCGUCUCAGGAUGUGAUAAGACAUGUCAAUUUCUUUUUUUUAAAUCCACAAAACACUUUUUUCUAGAUUCUCCUGAAAAUAUUCUCUCAGGUUGGAGAAACAAAUCUACAAGGAUGCAGGACUUUUAAAAGAGCAAUACAACAGAUUUCAUGUUUUAAAGAAACUUCACCUUUUUUUAGAGUUGAUUUGGGACACAGAUGUCUUGGACCAAUCUACAGUACAUAUUAGUUUUUUCCAGAGCUUCCAUUACAUCCCAGUCUGGAUCAUAACGGCUUUUGAUGGACAUCAUUGCUUUUUGUUGAAAGGUGAGACGUUUGUAAAACUGGAAGUUUUGCACGGCUGCUGCACAGAAACGAUG